AUUUCUUAAUCACAGUUUGCGAUAGAGAUAGAGAGAGAGAAUCCUAGAGAGAUAAUUAUAAAGUAACAUACAACCCCACUUGAUUUUUAGCACAAUUUUACUGCAAAAAAACACAGAUCUAGAUCCAAAUAACUACUCUCAACUCAAGAUCUCCAAGCUCCAAGCUCUCUCCGACUUCAUUCAGGUGAAUCACAACAUAUACAGAUGUCAAGGAGGCCAGCUAGUUUAUCAAGGCGUUUGGGUGAUGGAACUGGCAUCCCCUUUAUGGGAUCCUUGAAUCCAAAAUCACGCCCUUCCCCUUUCUUAUCCAUUGGCCUUGUUCUUGUGGGAGCUUUUCUCAUAAUUGGCUAUGUUUAUAGUGGUUCAGGUGGAAGCAAUAUUGAUAAAGUAGCUCUAAGUAGGCUUGAAGGUGGUGUUUCAUGUUCAGCAGAGAUUAAUCAAGCAUUACCAUAUCUAAAAAAAGCAUAUGGUGACAGCAUGCAUAAAGUUCUACAUGUGGGUCCCGAUUCAUGUUCAGUGGUGUCCAAAUUAUUGAAAGAAGAAGAUACAGAAGCAUGGGGUCUUGAACCUUAUGAUUUAGAUGAAAGUGAUGCAAACUGCAAAAGCCUUAUAAGAAAAGGGAUUGUUAGAGUUGCUGAUAUUAAGUUUCCUCUUCCUUAUAAAUCAAAAUCAUUUUCUCUUGUUAUUGUUUCGGAUGCUCUUGACUAUUUGUCACCAAGGUACCUCAACAAAACUCUUCCAGAAUUAGCAAGAGUAUCCUCAGAUGGAUUUGUUAUUCUCUCUGGUUAUCCUGGUCAACGUAGAGUGAAAGUGGCUGAAAUGUCCAAAUUUGGUCGCCCUGCGAAAUUGAGAAGCUCUUCGUGGUGGAUAAGGUUUUUUGUUCAGACAAAAUUAGAAGAAAAUGAAGUUGCUACUAAAAAAUUCGAAUUGGCUGCAGCCAAGAAGGCAUACCAGUCAACGUGUCAAAUUUUCCAUCUCAAAUCACUCCAUUGAAUUCAAUAUUUGAUGAAAAUAUGAAAUAUGGAAAAGCAGGAGGAAAGAAGAUAUGAUAAAAAAGAAUCGAUAGUAGAAACAGAAAGCAAAAGCAAAAAAGAAAAGAAAAAGAAACUCAAUCAAAAGUAUAAGAAAAAGAAAAACAUUUAUUGUAUUUCAUGUCUCUUUGUGAAAACAAAACAUGUAUCACAUUAUAUAUGUAAUACCAAAAGCAUUUCUAUA